AUGGGCAUCUCAUUCACAGAUGCUCUCUCUUUCUGUGUGCAGACAUGCGUCAGAGGCCAGGCGGCCUCCACUGUGCGUUACUGCAUGACGGUCGGUGGCACAGUGGUCCUGGUGGUUGGGACACUCUGCUUUGCGUGGUGGAGCGAAGGUAACACAGCUGUCCAGCCUGGCUCACUGGCCCCUACCGUGGAACAGCCGUUGCCUGAGACACCCCUGACUUGGCUCAAGUCUGUCAGCUUCCUCUGCUGUAGCAUGGGUGGGGUGCUUCUGUUCUUUGGCCUGCUUUGGUCCAUCCAGGAAAGCACAAAGAAGUCAAGCCAGGGGGACCUCUACCGAUUCUCCAGAGACCUGUAUCACCUUGCUGUGGAGUCCCCAGAGAAGGAGGGCUACAGGCCUCCUAAGGAGGCUGCCAUUCCCACUUAUGAGGAGACCAUGUACUGUCCACUGGCUGAAGGUCCCCUGCAAUGCCCCAUGCAAGCUGAAGAAGAUCUCCAGUGCCAUGCUCCAGAGGAUGCCUGGCUGGGGUCAACAUCCUUCUCACCUCCACCCAGCUACGAGAGCAUCAUCCUUGCUCAGGGGGCUGUUUCUGGAUCGAGCGCUGUGAGCUCCAGCCCAGGUUGA